AGGAGCUCGGCCCAUGGUCAGAGUGCCGAAGGCUGCCUGGACCUCCGCGAUGGCAUCUCAAGCUCCGCGGGGCAGCAGCAGGAGCUGUUCAUGGCCUGUCUAGAAGCCAAGUGCAAGUUCUCCCAACUGAAGGAAGGACAGGGAGUUAAAGCUCUCCAAAAGCAUUUAGAAACUGCCAAGCAAAGACUGGUUGCCGAGAUGGCCUCCGUGCCCCCCAAGAGGCAGAAGAACACCAGCCCUGCAGUACAGGGAAGGAACCAGCAACGUGCUCGGGCCUUAUCAGCUGGCAGAGCUAUUUCUACCACCUCUGAACUGGAGCUUGAUGAAGCCAAGCCUCACGAGAACAGAAUACGUGUUAAGGCAUGCCCUCAAGAAAUACAGCCAGAAGAAGCGAUACGAGAGGUGCCAAAGGGACCAGGACCUUAUUUUUAUAUCAGUGGAUCCAAUGGAGCUGGACUUGUGAGCAUCUAUUGCCAGCGCAGAGGCUGGCAGCGUAUCUAUGACAACAGAAGACAGGAUUACGCACUGAAAUGGUGUGAGAUCAAGUGCCGAGAGACCUAUUACCAUUUCAAAGAAGGUGAACAGCUUCUCUACCAGAUUCCCAACAACAGAGUCCUCACCAGUAAGAUAGGGCUUUUAUCCUGCCUGAGAGAGCAAGAGCGUGUGAUGAAAAAGGUCGGCAGGAGCUCUAAUUCCAAGUUACUGAAGAUGGAAGAAUUCUUCCCAGAAUCUUUUCGCCUGGACUUAAAAGAUGAGAGAAAUGCCUUUUUUGAGAUUUGCAAAGAAGAACAGAUUUGGAUCUGCAAACCAAGCUGCUCUAACCAAGGUCGAGGAAUUUUCCUCCUUAAAAAUCCUGCUGCUGCCAACAUCCUUCAAGCCAAGCUCCACAGCUCAGAGAGAGACCUGCCCAGCAAGAGGGUGCAGUGCAGGGCUCCCCAGGCGAGAAUAGUGCAAAGGUACAUCCACCAGCCUCUGCUCCUGGAAGGGAAGAAGUUCGAUGUCCGGUCUUACCUCCUCAUUGCCUGCACUGCACCCUAUGUGUUGUUUUUUGCCCAGGGUUAUGUCCGCCUGACCUGCACCAAUUACGACGCCAUGUCUGACGAUCUGACCGUUCAUCUCACCAACCAGUACAUGCAGAAGAAGAACUCCCUGUACAGCCAGCUGAAAGACGAGACGGUUUGGCGGAUGGAGCACUUCAACAGCUACGUUAAUGAGAAGUUCACGAAAACCAACGGCCUCCCCAAGGACUGGGUUUUCACCGUGUUUACUAAAAGGAUGCAGCAGAUCAUGUUGCAGUGCUUCCUGGCGGCCAAGCACAAACUGGAUCGCAAACUGGGCUACUUUGACCUCAUUGGCUGCGACUUUUUAAUCGAUGAAAACUUUAAGGUCUGGCUUCUGGAGAUGAACGCAAACCCCGCAUUGCACACCGACUGCAAAGUCCUGAGAGACAUCAUCCCCGCUGUGGUCUACGAGAGUCUUGAUCUGGUUCUCGAGAUCUUCAACAAGUGCCUGAAAGGCCGGAGCGUGCUGCCUUUGGAGACACGCUGCCACUUCGUGCUGCUCUACAACGAGGAUGCCACGGACCUCGGCCAGAAGCAACUCCUGAAGCUCAGACCCGGCGGACUGUGCAUGGGACGGUACCUGCGGCCACACACGGACAGUGCCAGCUACUUUGGGCACAGCCCCACCAAAGAGAUGGACGCCUCUCCAAAAAACUCGGUUGCUCCAAAAGAAAAGUUGCCUUGUUGCCUAAAAAGACUUGCCAACAAACCAUCUCCUAACCUAACACGUGCAGCUCUUCGACCACCAUGGAUAAACAUGCUGAGCCACUACAGAGCAAGAGGGUUUUGACAACUUCAAACAUAAAAAGCAAAUAAAAGCUAAACUUCUAUGUGCUGUGCGUGUCCUGCUCCUUUUUUUCAGCUGGUAUAAAGAGAAGGUGUGAACUGGAACACCAGCAAUGAUGUGUUUCGUUCUUCUGCAGAAAGCAGCCAGCCAGAAACUACAGAAAAAUUACAGAAAAUGAGACCACCGCUACCACAUUAACAACCAUCCCUUUUAUAAACAAUGUUGAUCUCACAGGUGCAAGCCAGAAACCAGCCAAGCUUUUUACAAAGUCAUUCUCCAGAAAGGCAGGGAGAUCAGCUGCAAAGACUAAACCUAGGGCUCAACAGAAGAACCCCCCCCACUGGUCCCAUAACUCCCUUCCUCCCCAGCUGUGCCUUGCACAUUUAACCGUGUUAUAUUAAGAGUCUCUUUCGUUUUUCAUUUGGUUGAGGUGACAACCACAGAGCAGCACAUGCUUAUCACAUCAAGGCCAUCAUCUCAGCAGGAAGCAAUGACGCUUGGGGGACCAAGGAGACGAGGAGUAGGGCGAGAGGUUUAAAACCAACAGGAAAUGCUUUCACAUCUCAGAUGCUGCUGCUGCUAACACGAGGAGAAUGUAAAUGAGCAGCAAGUGGAAGGGUGCAUGCGUUCUUCCUUCCCCUCCUGUCCUUACUCUGACUGACUGCCAUUCAAGCACAUUCAUGCGAUCCUCUGACUGCCAGCAUCACUUUGAAGCCAGCAUCUGGGGACGUGGGAGCCAGUGACCGAGGAUGGGAUGCUGCAGCCUGAGUGCCAGGCAGGCUGGGUCUGCAGGAGCAAGCCAGGACGAGGUGGAGCUAUUGAAGACAGGCAGGACCAGAUGCUUGUCUAGCCUGUCCUUGAACACCUCCAGUGAUGAAGGUUCGGCAGUGUCCCAGGCAAGCCAUGGUUUCUCCCCAGUAGCUAACCUCUAAUGCAGAAAGUGGUCCAUCUCAGACGGCCAGAGCGAGGGAUCCCUCCAGCCUAAGGACCCUGCAACCCCCACGGAGACAGAAGAG